GCGCACACCCGCGUACCCCGCGGCCGCAGGAGGGCCCAGCGCUGCUGCCCGCGAGCUCCCAGGGGCCCACCUGCCCCGGCGCCCGCGCUCUCGGGGCGGACUCCUGGCCCUCUGAGACCUCCAGCCCGGCGAUGGCCCCUCUUGGAUAUUUCAUAUUCCUCUACGGCCUGAAGCAAGCUCUGGGCAGCUACCCGAUCUGGUGGUCCCUGGCUGUUGGGCCCCAGUACUCAUCCCUGGGGACACAGCCCAUCCUCUGCGCCAGCAUCCCAGGCCUGGUACCCAAGCAGCUGCGUUUCUGCCGGAACUAUGUGGAGAUCAUGCCCAGCGUGGCAGAGGGCAUCAAGAUCAGCAUCCAAGAGUGCCAACACCAGUUCCGUGGCCGCCGGUGGAAUUGCACCACUAUCAACAACAGCCUGGCCAUCUUUGGCCCCGUGCUGGACAAAGCCACCCGGGAGUCUGCCUUCGUGCACGCUAUCGCCUCCGCUGGAGUUGCCUUCGCUGUGACUCGCUCGUGUGCGGAGGGCUCCGCUGCCAUCUGCGGCUGCAGCAGCCGUCACCAGGGCUCUCCCGGUGAGGGCUGGAAGUGGGGCGGGUGCAGCGAGGACAUUGAGUUCGGCGGGAUGGUGUCUCGGGAAUUCGCAGAUGCGCGGGAGAACCGGCCAGACGCUCGCUCCGCAAUGAACCGUCACAACAAUGAGGCUGGGCGCCAGGCCAUCGCCAGCCACAUGCACCUCAAGUGCAAGUGCCAUGGGCUGUCAGGCAGCUGUGAGGUGAAGACCUGCUGGUGGUCGCAGCCUGACUUCCGUGCCAUUGGCGACUUCCUCAAGGACAAGUACGACAGCGCCUCUGAGAUGGUGGUGGAGAAGCACCGCGAGUCACGUGGCUGGGUGGAGACCCUGCGGCCACGCUACACCUACUUUAAGGUGCCCACAGAGCGCGACCUGGUCUACUAUGAGGCCUCACCCAACUUCUGUGAGCCCAACCCCGAGACGGGAUCCUUCGGUACACGUGACCGCACCUGCAACGUGAGCUCACAUGGCAUUGAUGGCUGUGACCUGCUGUGCUGCGGCCGAGGCCACAACGCACGCACUGAGAGGCGGAGGGAGAAGUGCCACUGUGUCUUCCACUGGUGCUGUUACGUGAGCUGCCAGGAGUGCACGCGCAUCUACGACGUGCACACCUGCAAGUAGGAGGCACCACACCCGGCACCAGUGGAGUGGGGCUCCUCCCAGCGUGGGGCAGUGUCCUCACUGGGGCCAGGGCUAUAGGUGGAGCUCCUGAAGGGAGGUGGGGCCUCUGUGAUAGGUCAGGCAUGAGGCUCCUGAUCUUGCUGGAGUUCUUCCUGACAGGUGCACGGCCCCUCUUUGGGGUGAAGCUCCAGGAAUGGGGCUCCUGGAGGAUAGCAGUGUCCUCUCUGGGGACUGGACUCCAGGGGGUGGGGAUUUAGCCUGCCAUUACCGUCCUCCAAAGAUCACAUGGUUCCAUACACUGGACAUUGUGUAGAGCAGUUAUCUCCUGGCAGGACCAGCUGUGGAGAAUGUGUGGUGGGGGUGGGGGUGGGGCAUACUGUCCCUUACCCCUUCCACUGAGGUCUGGGGCACACCUUCCAAUGAUUCAGGUACCUGGAGGCCUGCAGCACUCCUCCUUCAACCUGAUACCUGCCAAUCCUCCCUACCAGGAACCCUACUGGGGAAAGCCUUUGCCCUACAAAGCCCCAAGAACCACCUGGAGUUGGGUGAAGGAGAGGGGGCCUGGUGGCCGUAGUCUGAGGGCAUAGCUCUGUCCUGGCUGCCCUGUGCUGGGCCUCAGACACCUCUGCCCUCUCCCAGUGGCUCUUCCAGGUUCCAGAAAAGUGCCAGUCUGGGUGGUCAGCCCUCUACUUUGCAGCUGAUAGAAAUCGUGCAUCUGGCUCUCCCUUCUCCCUGUCUUCACAUAUUCCUACUUGCACUCCACCCCACCCACGGUAGAGGAGCAGAGCCUCCUUUUCCAGCCCUGCUGUCGCCUCCCUCCUGGCCUCAGCACCUCGCUCCCCCUCUGUCAUUGACAGCCCCUUGUAAGGGAAAGACAAGCAAGGGGCCCAGACGCCAAGGCUGCCCAGAGCUGACACUGACUGACUCCUGUCCAGGCCCUACUCAGCUUCAUAGCCUGCCUUGGAGGCUCACUUUGCGUUGGGUUGGGUUGGGUUGGGUUAAAUUGUUUGGGAGAUUUGAAUAGGGGAUGAGCCCACACUGUUGCUGCAGAGGACCCAUAUCCCCAAGAGGAGUGGUCUCUGCCCCAACCCCUCAUGGCCAGGAUUGACCCCACAGGUCCUGCCGCUGUGGCAAUGGUGCACCAGACCUGCCUGCCAGUGGUCAUUGUCAUGGAGCCUGUGGUUGGCUGCUUAGCUGCUUGGCCCUCCUCACAUCUGACUCAUCCAUCCAGUCUGAGAAUGAACAUGAAUGAGGCUGAUGGACCCUUCAGCCAGUUCCCAAAGGGACUUCCAGCCAGACUUCUCCUCUCUCAGCCUGUGCCACUGUGAAAUGUUGCCCGGCGCCCUGGCCCCAGGGGCCCACCCUCCAGGCAGGGGGAAAAGACACAGUGUGUGUGGAAGGAGGGUGGGGGGAACAACCUGCAUGCCCUACUAGGGACAUGACCUUUCUCUGCCUUGAAUUUUGCAUCUUUCAUUUUAUUUUUAUUUCUGAUGCUGCUAUAUCCACCAUACACAGAAGCUA